AUGGUGUUCUUCAGAAUGCUAGCAGUGGCGCUCAGCCUCCUACUCGAGACGUCGCCGGCUAGAGCUUCGGAUCUGACAUUUCAACAACUGGCGAAACGGGCACAAUGCCCGCUAGCAAGCUGCCAACAACCAGCCCCGAGACUGCCCAAGGAGGACCCUUGGUACACAACAACCCCCAAAGGCCUCGAGCAGGCUGUACCGGGAGCCCUCUUUCGCGUCCGUAAAGCACCCGCAAACUUGCCGUCGCUGGUAGCAAACAGCGCCGAGGCGUAUAACGUGCUCUACCGUACGACCGACAGCCAGUACAAGCCGACCUAUGCCGUCGCCACGGUCUUCGUGCCGGCAAGCCCCUCGACCAACGCAACACUUCUCUCGUACCAACUGCCAUACGACUCCGUCGACCUGAACGAAGCUCCGUCCUACUUGAUGUACAAGUACCAGACUGAGCAGCUAGACGACAUCGCAUGGGCACUGGGACGGGGCUGGCACGUCGUGACAGGCGACUACGAAGGGCCUUUCUCCUCAUUCACGGCGGGGGUCAUGUCCGGCCACGCCGUGCUAGAUGGCGUGCGAGCCGUCCUCUCUACCGAGUACAGCGGUGAGCUCAAGCUGCCAGCCGACACCGACACCGUCCGCUACGCCCUGUGGGGGUACUCGGGCGGCGCCCUUGCCAGCGAGUGGGCCACGGAACUGCAGGUCCAGUACGCGCCGGAGCUGUCCUUCGCCGGCGCCGCCCUCGGCGGCCUGACGCCCAACGUCACCGCCGUCCGGGACCAGGUCGAGGGCACGCUGAGCGCGGGCCUCAUCCCCGGGUGGCUCAUCGGCGUGACCAGCCAGUUCCCCGACGCGCGCGCGUACCUCCUCAGCCGGCUCAAGAAGGACGGGCCCUACAACGCGACCGUGUUCAUGGGGUUGGAGCAGUCCGUCUCGAACGGCGCGACGUUUGCCUUCCAGAACAUCUCGGACUACCUUAUCGGCGGCUUCGCGGACCUCAAGAACCCGGUCAUCAGGCGCAUCACGUACAGCGACGGCAUGAUGGGCUACCACGGCGUGCCGCAGAUGUCCGUGUACGAGUACAAAGCCAUACACGACGAGUUGAGCGCUGGUGUGGACACGGACAAGCUGGUGGAGAGGUAUUGCGAAGCCGGGGCUAGUAUUUUUUACCAGCGGGAUACUGUCAACGACCAUGGAGAGGAGGCUAAGGCUGGAGCACCUCGAGCGCGUAACUGGCUCGUCUCGGUACUUGAGCAGGGGCAUACGGAAGAUGGAUGCAGGAUCGAGACCAUUACUGACCCCUGGAAAGCUUGA